AUGGCUCCGAUGAACCCUCAAUCAGCGGAUCAGGAUUUCUCGCCGACCACCAUACCAGCCAGACUUGCCAUCGUGUUCUUCAUCUUCGGCGGAGUCAUUUUCUUCGGGACCGAAACAGCGUCCUUUGUCGACCUGCUAGAUGAGCACAGCAAGGGCUUGGGGAGCUACCACAACACCUCCAGGUCCGCGCGGCACAUCCUUGUGACAGGUGGCGGCGCUCACAAGUUCUCUUCCCUCAUGGAGUCUUUCCUGCUCGAGACCUUGACUGGUGAGUUGGAGGAGAACCAGAUACCCGAUGUGGUGUUCCUGUCUGAGCAGGAGUAUGAUGAGGAUCUGCGGAGCUUUGUGGACUACGAGCUCGCGUCGUCGCUGGCCGCCAAGGUGUUCUUUCUGCGGGGGUCCGUCAUGAACCUGAGAGACCUGGAGCGGGUGAUGGUGGAGUCCGCCGUGAUCUGCCUAGUCCUGCCGGAUCUUGACACGGAGAGCCCCCAGACGGAGGAUUCCAUUAGCGUGAUGAUGGCUAUGACCAUGACCCGCCACUUCCCAGGCUUGCGCCUACGCAUUAUGCUGCUCGAGCCAGAAGGCGCAAAGAAUGCGGCCUUGCUCAGCAUAGCUUUCCCGCGAUGCUUCUCAGCGCACGAGAUGAAGUGUGCCAUCUUUGCCAAGAGCACGCACGUUGCUGGCCUGGUGACAUUUCUCAGCGGGCUGAUGCAGUCUCGUGUGGACUACUCGAUGGACCAGCUGGAGAAGCUCAGCCGGGGUGACAAGAAAAACCAUUGGAGGUUAGAAUACUCGCGCAGCCUGAAGAAGAACCUCAUUGGCUUCGUGAUCGCACCCCACUUGGCUGAUCAGGCCUUCCCCAUCGUGGCGCGGAGGGUGUACGAGGAGUCAAAUGGUGAGGUUUUGCUGAUUGCCGUUGCGAAGGCCGGAAAGCUGCUGCUGAACCACAACGACUUUAUCCACGCGGGACAGGUGGUUGUGGCCAUCGCUGCAAGAGAGAGGCACUGCCUGCCUUUCGCAGAGUGCCAGGGCAAUGUGCUGAAGGAGUGGAGAUUCCAGUUCCUGCAUGCGCGGUCCCAGAGACUGAAGGACGAAUCGGCUCAGUCGGUGCACCAUGGAAAAGCGGGAGAAGUCCUUCUUCUCCACCAGCCGGGACUGGACAGGAAGUGGUUUCUGUCCAAGAAGCCGGCGGGCCGAUCGAGGACAGCCGCAGCUGGGAUUUCCUCCUUUCAGGUGGAUGCCAUGGUGCGCGAAGUGAGCCAGGACGGCCACGCCAACUUGGACAAGCUGAGAAGCUUCCUAGAGGAGGCGCCUUCGCAGAUGAAGGGCACCGACAGUGCAGAGGCUCGGCAACGGGCCGCACCGGAUCUGGAGGCUCUCAAGCGGCACCCCAGGCUCACGUUGCUCGUGGUGUUCCAUGAGGAAGCUCAGCCCAUUUGGCCGCAGUUGGUUUGCUUCCUCCACUACUUCCACCAGCAGUCGGAGCUUCUAGACAAGGCCAUCAUCGUCUUGUCCGGAAUGCAGCCGCCUGAAAGCAUCCUGGAAGAGUGGGAGGGUCAAAAUUGCUGCUUCCUCGUGGGCAAGCUGACAAACACCAUGAACCUGCGCCAUGCCGGUGUGGAGUCGGCCAAGAACAUCAUCAUCAUGGGGCGGAAGCGGCCCCAGGAGAAUGUUUAUCUUCGAACGACUGCCCUUGCGGACGCCGAGUGUGUCACCAUUGCAGGCUACAUCGAGCAGGCACUUGCAAAGAAGAAUGCCCUGACCGGCUGGAGGUCUUCGCAAAGCGUGCUCUACGAGUUUGGUUACACCAAUUCGGUGUUCCUCACUGGGCAUCUGUUUGAGGUGGCGACGCGGCCUGCUGGCAGAACCUCGGUCACGAAAGGAGACGUGGCCAUUGCCGUGACUGAAAGCGAGGACGCCAGCCACGCCAAGGCGCUCUCGCACACCGAUUCGUUGCAGCUGGCCGCUCAGAAUGUCCUUAUCUCAGUGACUGCAGAGGGCCUUCGUCAGCCGCAACGCCGUGAAGAGUUCCAGUUGCGGGGUGUGCCACAGGAGUUCCCUGGACCCCUGUUCUGCGCCUGCUGUCAGAACGACGAGAAGGUAGAGAUCGCGGAAGUCACGGCCACGCCGGUGCUGCCCAGAGAUCCACCUCCGGAGCCGAAGGAAGAGGUGAAGAAGGAGAAACCGCUGGCGCAACAGAAUCUCAAGUACACUGCAAAGAUCUCGGUGAAGGGCCACACUUCUUUGGGCAUCGAAGUCGACCUCACGGACGAGGUGAAAGGCCCCAUGAUCACGCAAGUGAACCAGGGCGCUGUGAAGAGCUUCAACGACAAGUACCCCGAGCAGGCCCUGCAGAAGUUUGAUCAGAUCUCUUCGUUCGACGAUGCCUUGGGUACCACGAGUGUUUUUGAGAAGCUGAUGGCCAAGCUUGGAGACGACCAUGUUGCCCUGGGCAUCCGUCGGCCAAGGGAGAUGGUCGUCACCGUGUCGAAGCCGGGAGGGCUGGGCCUGAAGUUGGACUUCAAGCCUUCCUCCAUUGGUGCAGUGGUCAGCGAGCUCGGUGAGACAGGACUAAUCAAGGACUGGAACGCUGCAAAUCCCAAAGACGCGGUGGCUGUUGGCGAUCGGAUCCUGGCCCUGAACGGGGAGCAGUAUGCAGGCCUCGAGAUGGUCGACAAGAUCAAGCAGGCGGAGAAGUUGGAGCUCACGAUUCUCCAUUACUGA